AUGGCUCCUCUCUACAUACUCCUCAGCCUUGUUUUCUUCUCCCCGCACACACCUUUGUGUUGUGCGACAGAUGAUACUCUUGCAGUAGCGCAAGCCCUCUCUGUUGGUGACAAGCUCGUCUCAAGAAACGGCAAGUUCGCGCUCGGCUUCUUCCAGUUCCAGCCAACAACCAGUAAGUCAUCUGACAACACCACCUCCCCCAAUUGGUACCUUGGCAUAUGGUUCAACAAGAUCCCAGUUCUUACUACAGUAUGGGUUGCUAAUAGAGAGAACCCCAUCACUGCCACUGACAUCAAUCAAACAAAGCUGGAAAUCACAGCAGAUGGAAACCUUGCCAUCUUGAACCAUGAAAACGAAUCCACAGUCUGGUCCACUAGCAUUGUCAAUAGUAGGACAGAAGCAGCUAGCAGGAACACUAGUACCACUGUUCUUGUUAUCCUAAAUGAUGGGAACCUUGUCAUGAUGAAAAACUCAUCCAAUGUAGUGCUGUGGCAGAGCUUUGACUACCCAGUAGAUGUUUUGCUUCCUGGUGCUAAGUUUGGCUGGAACAAGGUUAGUGGCUUGAAUCGGCUAGGCAUAUCAAGGAAGAGCCGGAUUGAUCCCGGUUUCGGCCCAUACACAAUAGCACUGGAUACCAAAGGUACCAAAGGAGUGGUGCUCGGGCGCCUCAACCCCCCAGUAGUGUACUGGUCUUGGUCAUCUGAUAAAUCAUUGAUGCUUAUACCAAUACUUAAGUCGCUGCUAGACAUGGAUCCACGGACGAAAGGUCUGAUUAUCCCAAUAUAUGUUAAUAACGAGACAGAGGAGUACUACAUGUACAAUUCAACGGAUGAGUCAUCCUCCUCUUUCGUCUCGUUAGACAUCUCUGGUCAGGUCAAGAUUAAUGUGUGGUCACAAGCCAACCAGUCUUGGCAGGUCAUAUAUAGCCAACCUGCUGAUUCCUGCACUCCCUACGCUACCUGUGGACCUUUCACUGUUUGUAACGGAAACUCGCCCCAAUUCUGCGGCUGCAUGGAGAGCUUCUCUCGAAAGUCGCCUCGGGAUUGGGAUCUUGAUGAUCGAACAGGAGGUUGCAUCAGAAACAGUCCUUUAGACUGCACUGGAAAAGGAAAUACAACAAGUUCAACGGACAUGUUCCACUCCAUAUCUCGUGUUACGUUGCCUUAUAACCCGCAAAGCGUAGAUGAUGCUACCACUCAGAGCAAGUGCCAAGAAGCUUGUCUCAGUGACUGUUCCUGCACUGCUUAUGCCUAUGAAAAUAGCAGAUGCUCCAUCUGGCAUGGGGAAUUGCUUAGUGUAAAUGAGAAUGAUGGUACUGAUAAUACUUCUGAAGAUGUUCUUUACCUUCGCCUUGCUGCCAAAGAUUUGCCACGGUUCAUGAAAAACAAAGCAAAACCUUUGGUUGGAGUUGUUACAGCUGUAAGCAUCGCUGGUUUUGGGUUACUGAUGAUCAUACUGUUGUUGAUCGUUUGGAGGAAGAAAAUCAAGUGCUGCAGUGGGCCAUUACCAUUACCUGGCAGUCAAGGUAGCAGUGGACUUAUAGCAUUUAGAUACGCUGAUUUGGGCCAGGCUACCAGAAAAUUUUCAGAAAAGCUGGGAGGAGGUGGUUUUGGUUCUGUAUUCAAGGGAGUACUAAGUGACCUAACUGCCAUUGCAGUUAAAAGGCUUGAUGGUGCCCGUCAGGGCGAGAAGCAAUUCAGGGCUGAGGUGGGCUCACUUGGUUUGAUUCAACAUAUCAACCUAGUCAAAUUGAUUGGUUUCUGCUGCGAAGGUGAUAACAGACUACUUGUGUAUGAACAUAUGUCAAAUGGUUCUCUGGAUGUCCAUCUAUUUCAGAGCAGUGCUAAUGUCCUAAACUGGAACACCAGGUAUCAAAUAGUUGUAGGAGUUGCUAGAGGAUUAUCUUACUUGCAUCAGAGUUGUCGUGAGUGCAUUAUACAUUGUGAUAUUAAGCCAGAAAACAUACUCCUCGACGAAUCAUUUGUUCCUAAAAUUGCAGACUUUGGAUUGGCAGCGGUAGUAGGAAGGGAUUUUAGCCGAGUUCUGACUACAUUUAGAGGGACUAUAGGGUAUCUUGCCCCAGAAUGGAUUAGCGGAGUUGCAGUUACGCCAAAGGUUGAUGUCUACAGUUUUGGUAUGGUACUAUUGGAAAUAAUCUCAGGAUGUAGGAAUUCACCUAAUUCAGAGAUUAGCAACAAUUCUUGUGUUACUUAUUUUCCUGUUCAAGCUAUCAGUAAGCUUCAUGAGGGAGAUGUGCAAACUUUGGUGGAUCCACGAUUAAAUGGUGACUUCAAUCUAGAAGAGGUUGAAAGGGUUUGCAGAGUUGCAUGUUGGUGCAUCCAAGAGAAUGACAUUGAUCGGCCAACAAUGGGUGAAGUGGUCCGUGUUCUUGACGGUGUACAGGAGCUUGAUUUGCCCCCUAUGCCAAGACUACUUGCAGCAAUGACACAAUGCUCUCGUGUGGCUUCAACAUAACAGUUAUUAUACACCUCAAAAUUGACGUUGGCAUGUUGCUAAUAUUUAUUAAAUUAUCAAUUCUAUGAUGGAAGGAAUAAAGAAUGACAAUUCUGUGAUUUCUAAACUUUAUGCAGGCUAAAUUAUAGUUUGUGGAAGACAAAAGGUUUGGUCUGUACAUGUGGUCUAGUUAGUUUGUUCAGAUCUGUAAGUUUAGUAUUCAGAAUAUUUAUUUCUGAUCUGAGCUCUUUGGUCGUCGUGGUCCUGGUUUUCAGACAUGUUGA